CACUCUUCCCCACUCACAUACACCAAGUCAGAAAAGGGUAAGAAGCAGCCACAACAGAAGAUCAGAUGGAAGUAUGGAUUUUAAAUGUGGAAUUCUCUCCCUGAGCAUCCUGCUGUUAAUUCCAGUUUCUCUGGGUGGCACUUUCAGUGUGGCAUGCACUUCUCAGACCAUCUGUGCUCUGCGGGAGUCAAAGGUGGAGCUGAUGUGCUCUUACUCACACAUCGACACCACAACAGUCUUCUGGUUCAGCCCCAAACAGAAAGCUAAAUGGAGGAAUGAAGAACAUCCAGAGGAUUUAGCAUUAGACUCAGACUACGCAGGACGUGUGAAUUACACUGAGACCACGAGGUCCAGCUCAACUCUUACAAUAACAGACCUGAGAGAGAGAGACUCAGGGGAAUAUCACCUCAUGCUCUUUACAAAUACAGGAGAGAAAUAUCACAGCUCCACAGCAGUCAAUCUAACAGUUACAGAUCUGCAGGUGAGAGUGGCCCCUGCCUAUGGAUUGCAAAAGGGUCUCACCUGCAGCACUUCCUGUACCCUCACCAGUAUCCCGGAGCGUUACUACUGGUACAAGAACGGACAAUAUACAAACAAAUUCACAGAGGGCAACAGAGUCCAUUAUUUAUCCAGCAGUGAUGAAGGCAGUUACUCCUGCUCAGUCCAUGGCUUUAAUGAUAUACUCUCCCCUCCAGUGUGGUUAAAGUGUUGCUCCCUUCAUAAUCACAGGCAGAAGGGGAAGAGGUUAAAGGUCAAGAAGCUGAUGAAGCCUGGGAGGUCAAAGGGGGGAAAUCUCACACUGACUCAUGAUGGUGUUAAUAAAGGUGUUUUUAGUAAGACAUGUUGGAGUGUGACAUACACAGACAGAAGAGUGUGUUCUGUGGAGGGAUCAUCAGUGGAGCUUCCCUGCACUUACUCAUAUCCAAUUGAUGAGAAAGUUGAACACACAUUCUGGUAUUAUGUUCGUCCAAAUGAGGAUCCACAGGACCUGAGUCAGGAAGAGCAGUUUACUGGUCGAGUGGAGUAUGUUGGAGAUGAAGAGAAAAACUGCACUCUGAGAAUCAGAGAACUGAGAAAGAGUGAUUCUGGAGAAUAUCGCUUUAGAUUCAGCACUAGUACUGAAAGAGGGAAAUUCUCUGGUAAACCAGGAGUCAUUGUGAAUGUUACAGAUCUGCAGGUGAAAGUGAGUCCCACCCCAAGAUCAGAGGGACAGACGGUAACACUGGGCUGCAGCACCAUCUGCACUUUGCCCAACAACCCCACCUACAUCUGGUACAAGAACAGACAGCCUGUAACCAACAAACCCACCAAACACAACAAACUCUACCUGGAGUUGGCAGAGGGUGAGGGUGGACUCCAGUAUUCCUGUGCUUUAGGAGGUCCAGAGGAGAGUACAGUGUCAAAGCAUGUCACAGUGGGAGUGGCAGUCUGUCUGGCUCUAAUACUCAUCACAGGAGCUCUGUGGAUGUGGAAGAGAAACUACAGCUCAGCUACAGACCACAGGAGUUCUGGGGAGAGUGGACAACAGGUUUUUUCUGGUCCUGUAUAUGAUGAUGUCUCAGCCCUGACCAUGGCCUUUGACCCAAAAAGGAAAACAUCUUCAGGUGCUCAAUAUGAUGUUGACUACUCCAGUGUUUAUUUUCCACGUUCCCACACACAGAAAGCAUCUCCAUGCACCACCAGCAGACUUCCUCCUCAUACUUCAGAAGACAGUGUUCCGUAUGCUACUGUAAACUUUAGCAGACACACUGCUGCAUCCCAGUGAGUCAGUCAUGCUAUUGCAGAUUUUAAAGCAUGUAGAUCAUUACAUUUAACUGAUUGAAAACAUAGUGUAUUAAGUCAUUUUACAGGUUCACGGUUGGAUCAUCUCUUCAUGUUCCAAUCCAUGUGUUGCUUUAAAAACCAGUACUAGUACAUUAAAAUCUAACCUAAAAUAGACUGGAAGCCAGUGUACUGAAGCUAGAAUGAGUGUGAUGUGCUGUCUCAUGUGUUUUGCUGUUAGCAAUCUGGUGGUUGUCUUCUGGACAAACUGUAACUUAUCAAUUGUCUUUUUUUUGGCAAACUAGUAAACAGUAAGUUACAAUAGUCAACUGAUAAGAAAACAAAAGCCUGCAUCAGAUUCUUAGAGUCAUGUAGACUAACAUGGUCUAACAAAAGCAUUGCUUCUCUGUACCGCGUGGUGGCCCGAUUGGCGCAGGGCGAGGGGCAGGACGCACAGAUUCCAGCGACUGGCACAUACAUUUAUUUACAUAUAAAUAUAGAACGAUAGCGGCACUCACAAACAUUACAAACGAUAAACACAAACAUGAAACGGUCAACAAUAAACACAUGCGACAAACACGAAUACGUUUAUCAAUGACGAAAGGAACAUCAAGUCAAAACGUUACACCCACAAUGACCAACAAUCGUGCACACCACGACGAAGGUUUAAAUACAUAAACAAAACAAGGUGCAGGUGUGGCCACUAACAACCUCCCACUUCACGUUCCGGGCCAACCCACGUGACUCGCGGGAGAAGAGCGUUCCGUGACAUUCUCAAGUAUAACUAUAGAGUUUGAGUAAUAUUGUCAUUGUGCACUUUAAAAUUGAAUUCAGAGAGUUUGCAAAGAUUCCUCACUACUUGUAUACCCUGUGGGGUCAAAUUUCCCAAUUCUUCAAUCAUUUUAUCGCUAUUAGCAUUUCACCCACCAAGAAUAAUUUAAUUUUAUUCUUCAUUGAGUUUCAGGAAAUGUCAAUAAUGUUUUGGAAAGUAUACGACCAACUGAAGGCUGAACGCUAUCUUUAAUAAGGCUUUUCUUACUGAAAAACAAGGCAACUAGAAAGAGGAAGGCAGAUGAAUCCCAAGAGCUGGGUAACCUUGCUGAGUGGUUGAAGGAUGGAUGCAUCUUGAGUCUUUGGAGAAAAGAGAUCUGAGAGGCAGCUCUACCCGAAAUAGCAGCCUAAUCUUUUGCCAAAACACUGUACAAUGAGCACAGUAGAACCUGUGAGCUGCUCUUUGCCUGGUAAGAGGUGGCCUAGCAGUCUUAGCCACACUUCACCUUUAUGCUCCAUGUACAAUACCUUUUUAUUUGAUAUAAUUUGAUUUCAUUGAGAUUUUAAGAGAUGUCUGCUAUGCUACUGUGAAUGUAAACAAUACACAAAAGAGCGAACUUGUUGAAACGUAUUAUUAAAGGCCCAAAGUACACUGAUAGCCGCUAACAUACAUUUAAGAAAAGACCAUAAGUGAACACACCUCAGCAAAUAUUAUUGUCACGGUUGGUCCCUCCUAGCGUCCAUGUUUCUAUUGUUUCCCUGUCUUGGUUAUUGUUUUACUUCCUAGUUUCGUUUCCGUUCCUUAAGUUUGGUUUUCUCCGCUCCUAGUCUGUUUUUCGGUGCCUGUCUUUAGUUUCACCUGUUCCUCAUUUCCAGUCGUUUUUCUUUUCGCUGUUCAUGACUUACCCCUGUGUCUGGUUUAGUGUUUAUUAGUUCAUGUAUUUAAACCCUGUCUCGUUUCCGAUCUCUUGGCUGUUCGCUGAAAGCUCGUAUUUGUAUUGGCUGUCUAGUCUGUUCAUUGUUUAUCGGCGCCUCCGUGUAUGUUUCUGUAAGUGUACAUGAAAGUCCGUUUGUGAUUCUAGCCGUUUGUUUUUCCUUACCUCCGUGUGUUACUUCCUACCUUGUUUGAUAUCGUGAACUUUUGUUUCUAUUUAUCAUGUAUUCUCGGAUUCUCUGUGUUGGCUCUAUGACUAUGGACUACUACGACUCUGGAUUUGCCCUUAAAAAAUCUCGCUCUUCUCUGCACAUGCGUCCGCCUACUUACCGCUCACAGUUACAAUUCUAUAAGUGAUCGUUGAAAUGGCACUUAAUUCUAAAUUCUGGACUGCAAUUUAUUACAAGGUUAAACAUAUUAUUUAUUUCUAGGGAAUUUUGAGUUUCACAAGACGUUUCUCUGCAGGCUCAAAAUGAGGGCUAGAAUCAAAUUACAGGGAGCCUAAUUUUAAUGCAUUUUAUGAAUUGUUGGUAUCUAGUUGAUGAUUUCAAAGAAGCAUAUCAAAGCUUACUGUUAGCUUGCGCUGGUAAAUACACUGACACAGUUUAUCAGAGGCCAAUGACAGUAAGUUAGAAAUGUUAUUUCAGGUAAAAUAAAA